UGUUGAAUUUUGUCGAUCGACGACCGUCUGGGUAAUGUGUGCCUAGUUUAGGUUUUAAGUGCUGUUAAAUCGUUUUAAAGCCUUAAUUAAAUACUUUAUACAUUGUUUCAUUUCAGAUUCGCUUUCCAUAUGAUUCACUAAGUUCAAGUCAUAACAGAAAAUGUCGGAAGAUUGUUCACCUGUAGGAAUACCGCUGUGGGCAACCAUUGUCCUCGGUAUACUAUUUGCUGUAAUUACGCUCCUUGGAAUUGGCGGCAAUGCAAUCGUCUGCUACAUAAUUCUUGGGAACAAGUGCAUGCGCACUGUCACAAACUACUUUAUAGUGAACGUCGCCUUGAGUGAUUUGCUGGUGGCGGUUUUCUGCGUUGAAAUCUCGUACUAUGAGGCAGUAUUUCAGUGGCCGUUUAGUGACGACGUAUCAUGUAAACUAGUUCGUUUCGUUCAAAGCGUUUCCGUCUCCGUUAGUAUUUUUACGCUUGUCGCCAUCAGCCUCGAUCGCUUCUUUGCGAUCAUUUAUCCGUUCCGAAAGAAAAUGGAGUCAAUCCACGUGAUCAUCAUAAUCAUUCUUAUUUGGUGCGUUUCACUAAGCCUAGCAGUUCCUCUAUUAUUGCACAAUUACACGUUGCUUUACUCUAAUUUCACCUACUGUGGAGAAGUGUGGGAUUUUGAAGACAAAAUUAUAGACGACCAGAAGAGGUUUGCGUAUAGUAUUAGCAUGCUUCUUUUGCAGUAUUGUAUACCGCUUAUUAUUCUUGCCGGGGCAUAUGGUACAAUUGGAUGGAAUGUAUGGGCUCAUAAAACACCUGGUGAGGUUGAGCACACGAGGGAUCAGAAAAUACGAGAGACGAAAAAUAAGCUUGUCAAGAUGUUUGCGUUUAUCGUGUUGGUGUUCGCCCUCUGCUACCUCCCCCAACACGUAAUGACUUUGGUACAAGACUUUGACAAAACCAAUAAAGUAGGAUGUUACAAAUACGCCCGAUUAGUUCAUACUACAUGCCUGUGCAUCGCACUCAGUAACUGUAUAUACAACCCUAUAAUUUACUGCUGGAUGAACGCAAAAUUUCGAAACGGGUUCAAAGCGUUCUUCAAUUGGAUUUGCCCGUGUUUUAUUCGAAGGCCUGUAAAGGAUGAAUACUGGAGCCUAAAACGAAUACCAACGCUACAGACACAAACUACGGAUUCCAUGGCAGUAAGGUCGGACAAAUGGGGAAGCGACAGCCGGAAAUCAAACCAAGGCAGAUUUGAGCACCAGGAGAAUAAACCCUUUAUUAAGCAUGUGCCGAGCGCUAAAGCUUCACCAGCCAUAUCACCAGUAUCUGUAGAUUUUGACACAGAAAACUCUAAUGUUCGACAGAGUUCAGAUUAAGGCACUAGAGUAAAACAGAGCCUACAGACGUUUUGUGUGGUAAAACAAUACUGCGAUGAUAUAAUUUGUCCACUGCGUUGAAUGUGGUCCAUGAUGUCAGCUUUCAAAAUUGUUUUAGGCAAUUGUACGUAGCCCUACAGCUUAUAAUUUAACAGUGCAGUAAAAUAUUGCCUGUGUGAAUGUUUUCGAGGGGUUUAAGGCAAUGUAUAAAUGACAAGACAUUUUUUCACCUCAAGAAACUGUUUUUUAACUCCACUGCCUGAAAGCGGUUGACAAUGACAUGAAAAUCUACCUGUAGAGGGCAGCAUCUUCAUUAAGGAAACUGGCAGAAUGAGGUGAAUAAUUAUUAUUUCCAGGACAUUGGAAAUACAUAUCCUCAUACAUGAGGACUCAAGAGAUACAAGAUGUUAAAGGGGAAUUUCUCCCAUGUAAAGACUAAGUGAUCAACACUUAUAAAACCCUAAAUACACUGACCAUAUAAGGUACCAUGGAGCUGUCUUAGCUCAUUGAUAUUACACAAACACGUAAAGUGUAUAUACAUACUUACUUGGUUAUAGUUUUACUGUCGAUUGAUGGCAAUAUUUGUUUGUAAACGUAUCGUACAUUUGUCGAUAACAUAUGGAUGUUCCGUGAUAUGAGAGAUGUUUUUUUUUUUAUAAGAAGAGGCAUUUAAAAAUCUGGGGAAAAAAGAAUCCGAAUAAAUAUUAAAUAAUAAUACUAAUUUGAACAAUUAUAAAGCGCUUUAAAAAGACCGUUUAAAUGGAUCAAAACAUUUUUAAUGGAACAAAGAUCAAACCAGAUAUGUUUCUACUUAUUUGCAGAUCUACUACAAAACCCUUAAAUUAAUUAACAACCAAUUAAGGGUAAUUAGGAUAAGUUUGAUCACCCGGUUGGUCAAAAUUGCCUUUGCGUACGGGUUGAUAAUCCCCUUAUCGCGUCGAAAUGAAUUCAAUGGAUUCGAAAUGAACCAUUGUACAAUCUUUGUGUAGAAGGUAGAAAAAGUAGUAGGUGCCGGCUCAUGGUAUUUUAUAAUAAACAAAAAGUUAAUAUUAUUAUUUUAUUUCAGUAGGUAUACAUUUUUUUAACUGUGCACAAAUACUUGACCCAUUGAAAAUGGUAUGGUCUGAUUAUCAGACCUGAAACCGGAGCUCCGCCAGAGGAGAAUCUGUGGGCCUAGUAGAAUAUCGUCAUUUAUAUACUGUCAUAACUACCAUAUUUGUUAUGUAAAUACAUUAAAAAUUAUAUCUAUACGUUCACCUACACAUGUACAAACUAAAAAUCAAAAUAAUAUUUCAAGAUAAAGCAAAUAUGCCUGGCAUUCUAAACUCCAAAGUUAGGCCCUUC